AAAAAGGAGGUUCUAUGUGCAUAUAUUUUUUAUUUAUGUCCAUCGAUUUCCUCGUCAAUUGUGAACCAAUUUUCAAAAUUAUUUUUUAUUCCCAAUAUUAGUAGUCCCAUAGCCAUGAUCUGAUGACGAUGGAAUCCCUGGGAAAUCGAGGAUAAACAUCAAAUUUUACAAACAUAUAUAUGGUGCUUCAUGAUUUUUCAAAACGCAAUCAGAUAUUUGCAUUUGUUCUAAUCAUCAUCUCAUGUUGCUGAGCUGAUGAUGGAAGGAAAAACUUCAAUGAUUAAGAAUCAGAGGAGAAUUAUUUAAAUACUAUAGUCGCAUUUAUUAUUGGAUCAUGCUGUGUGCACAUGUUUGUGGCAAGUUUACCUGAUCAAUACAUUAAUGUACUUGCAUGUUAUAAUUUAAGUUUGUAAACUUCUGUUAUGUGCGCCUAAUAAAUAAAAUAAAUAAAUAAAUAAAUUUACCUUCAGUUGGAUCGCGUUAAGUGCCAAUAAUGUAUUUAAAAUAUUAAUUUAAUUAAAUUAUUAUUUUAUGAAAGACUGUUCCAUAUGUCAAUGUUAUUAGAGUGUGAAUUAAUAAACAAACAAAAUGAGUGUUAAAAAUCUUCAAUAUCAGGCUGUAUCCGAGAAAGAGAAUGGAGAAGAUUUAAAACCGUCAUACGAGGCUCCAUCAGGUCUGGGAUCCCGCCAUUUACAAGUCUUAGUACUAUUUCUAACAGUUACCACAGGAUACGCUUUGAGAGCUCAUAUGAGCGUGUCAGUGGUAGCAAUGACUGAUGUUUCUUCAGAAGAUUGUGACAUAAUGACAAACCAAACAGUGUGCACAGGCAAUUGCUUCAUAACCAAUGAAACCAUGACAAAUGAUACAAUCAUUUUAGAAAACACUGAUAGUAAUUCGAUGAACGAUAGUAAAAUAUUGUUUUGCAGAUGUUGUAUUAAUACAAAUUCAUGGACUGUAUAUCAGACAUACAACUGGUCAAAAUCAAUUCAAGACAUGAUAUCGUAUUCCUUCUAUUUGGGAUAUACCGUAAUGAUGGUACCCAUGGGAAUUAUGGCACAGAGAUUCGGUGGCAAGAUACCUCUUCUCCUAUGUAUUGCAGUAAAUUCGGCUGUUUCGAUUGUUCUACCUUGGUUUCCAAAAUUUAGUGGCUGGAUAGGAAUAUGUUUCUUACGUUUGGUGCAAGGAUGCUUUCAAGCAGCUCUGUACCCAUCUACGCAUACGAUGCUGGCAAAAUGGGCUCCUUUAAAUGAAAGGUCUAGACUUACUACAUUUGUAUACACUGGUUCAGAAUGCGCUGUUAUUCUCGGCUAUCCAAUAGCCGGAUAUUUUGCGGGUAGCCCCAGUUUCGGUUGGCCGUUUAGUUUUUGGUUCUUUGGAAUAGCAGGUUUCAUCAGCUGCGGUCUCCUUGCGUGGCUCGUGACUGCUACUCCUCAGGACCACCCUACCAUUACCACUGAGGAGUUAUUGUAUAUCACUGGCAAUGGGAAUGCCAAUAAAUCCAGCCCACGGAAAACACCAUGGAAACAUAUACUGACCAGCAAACCUGUCUGGGCCAUGGUGAUAACCCAACUGGGCAGUACCACCGGCUAUAUACUCGUGCUUACUCAGACACCAACGUAUUUAAACAAUGUGUUGGGAGUCGACGUUAGGAGCAGCGGCAUAUACUCAUCCUUGCCAUACAUUGCUCUGUAUGUGAUGACGCUAGCCUUCGGAUACAUAGCUGACUUCCUGGUGGUCAAGAAUAUAAUGUCAAUUGGCAAUGUGAGAAAAGUCACAAACACAAUAGGUACAGUCGUUUCUGGAAUGUUUCUCGUGGCGUUCAGUUACGUGGACAACACUCUAAUGGCAAUCGUGCUACUGAUCGUGUGCCAAGCUCUUUACUCUGGUGUCAAUGUUGGCCAUCACAUUAAUCAAAUAGAUUUAACGCCAAACUUCGCUGGUCCUGUUAUGGCUUUGGGCAACAUGUUCGCCAUAUUUACUAGUCUAUUUAUUCCCGUCAUCAUUGCGAGUGUCAUUAAAGAUGACUUGAAAAAUCAAUACCGUUGGCAAAUACUGUUCAUCAUAGUUGUAUCGUUUCAAGUCUUCACAAAUAUGGUGUAUGUGCUUUAUGGUAAAGGGACAGUACAGAAAUGGAACUUCUACGGAGAAGUUGACAAGCAGGAGACACAAUCGUUGAAAGAAAAUAAAUAAAUAAAUAAAUAAAUGAAAAAAAUACAACAGAAAAGAACGUAUAAACAAUCAAGAAUUAAAAAAAUAUAAAACUAA